UGUGAAUGAUAAAAUUAAGAAAAAGAUAAAUUAGACGUGCAUUUCUGCUGCAGGACUGCUGUGAAUAUUUUUCUUAAAUUUAUAAAUAAAAUCUAAAAAUAACACAAUGGCUGGAAUUAUGGACUCCGUAGAAAUGCCGAAAUUAUCAGAAAAUCAAAAAUCCUUUGCCGGUAUACCAGAAGCAAUAUUUCUAGAAGAAAUUGACAGUUUCAUGGCCAAACCGGAGAAUGAAGAAAAUUGUGAAAAGGUAUUGCAACGAUUGGAUGAACAACACAGUAAAUAUCGUUUCAUGGCGUUUAAUUUAGAGGCACGAAGAAGAAAACUAAAGUCACAAAUACCAGACUUGCAAAGGUCAUUGGAAAUGAUAGAUGUUUUGCGUAAAGAAACGGAAGAACGUGAAACACAAUUUUUGUUAAGCGAUCAAGUGUUUAUCAAAACAAUUGUACCACCCACAGACACCGUAUGUCUUUGGCUGGGCGCUAAUGUUAUGCUGGAAUAUCCUCUCGACGAAGCCGAAAUUUUGCUUAAACAGAAUAUGACAUCGGCCAUAGCUAAUUUAAAAACAGUGGAACAUGAUCAAGACUUUCUGAGAGAUCAAAUUACUACCACUGAAGUGAAUAUGGCCCGUGUUUAUAACUGGGGUGUGAAGAAACGUCAAGCGGCUGGUAAAAACGCCGCUACCAAUAAUUCAUCUUAAUGUUCGUAUGCAAUUAAGCUUUCGCUUCUUAGUGCGAUAUAAUACAACAACAGCGGAAACUUUAGCAGAGUUUUUUAUAAUCCCUUUUCAUCACCUACCCGUCGAAGGCUUCCUUCCUUUGAAUAAACAGGCUUAGUUUCGUUUUCUUAACUCUGCUUACUUUUCAAACGUUUUAUUUAUUGAUUAAUUUUAAAAAUAUUUUACACAUAAGUAAUGGAAAAUAUUUCAUAUAUUAAAAUUACUUUUCAAGAAACAUGUCCUUUUUUCAAAUUUCAAACACUUAGCAAAUAAGUAAUGUAAACCAGAAUAGUUCGUUUUGAGAUAAAAAGUUGAAAUGCAUUUAUUUAAUAGCAAAAGGUUGGCUUAAAAGAAAUAUGAAGGUUUUCGUUUUCUACUUUUUUUUUUUUUUAAUUUCAAAUAAUCGUGAGAGAUGAGAGUUUAAACGCUUGUUGAAUGUCAAAUAAUAAAAACCAAUCCGAAAAUCACAUAUAUUACUUGUUUGAAAUCAAAUUUUAUACAUACGAGUUUAA